GUGUGGAGGUGGUUCGUAAAGUGGUGCAGUACUCCCUGGCGCGGCCGUGCCGGGAGGUGCUGUUCACGCUGGUGAGCCGGCGGGAGAAGUACGCGGCCAAGGUGGUAUUGGAUACGGUGGUGCAGCGGCUGGGGGACACGGCGGCAGCGGCGGCUUUCGAGGUAGUGGGUGUUUGGUUGUCGCUGGGACCCUCUGCCGUGGCAGCCGUGGGCCUGGCGUUGUGCGGCGCCCACAUCGCUGUAUCCGCCACGUUGGGUCGCAUGUACAGCAGGCGCAAGGCGGCGGCAGCCCUGGCGGCCGAGGAGGAGCAACAACAGCUGCUACACAAUCUAUGA